GUGCGGCUCCUCACUCCGCCGUUCGUCCUUUGCGGCUCCGCCGUUCGUCCUAUGUGGCUUCACACUCCGCCAUUCUUCCUCGGUGGCUCGGCAAUCCGCCGUCCUCUGCGGCUCCGCACUCCGCCCGUCAUCCCUGAUUGCUCAUCUUCUCUCCUACAUGUUGGAUCGCGGCCUGACCUGCUGUUUUCUGAUUUGCAGGCACAUAAUAAAAAAGAAGUACAGGAACAUGUAUGGAUGGGAAGAUUGACAUGGGAAAUAGAGAUAGAAGAGGCAAAUAUGAUAAACUGUGUGUUAAAGCGGGGAAAACCAAAACUGAUAAAUGUAAUAGAUAAAUGUAAUAUUGUAUAUUAUAAUAACAAAACUGAAUUGUAC